AUGAGCAACAGCUUCGAUCGUACACUCCUCUUCCUGGGGAUAGCCUGGGUUAGGACUCUGUGUGGUCUGUUUAUCGCUACAACAUCUAUUUCCAUCCCCGUCCUCGCCCACAAUGUGGACUCUAGUCUCGGCACGACGAGUUGGAUGUUCACGUGUCGCAUCUUUGGCGCCUUCGUCGGCGGUGUCCUCGGAAGCACGUUCGCCAAGAAAGCCAAUCCCAACAAGCUCUUCGCCGCAGCAACUUUUGUCGCUGCUGUCGCACUCUACUGGACGCCAAGCAUCACCAGUCUCACCGUUCUACUCAUCGUUAGCUUUUUAUUCGGCGUCAUUCAUGGACUCAUUGACUCGAUAGGACAGAUGAUCAUUUUGAAUCACGCACUAAACCCUGGCCGCUACAUUCUCGGCUUUCACGCAUUGUUCACCUUUGGCUCCAUCCUCGGCGCUCUGCUCAUCCGAAUCUUCCUCGAUCCGACUCUAGAGCAGCCCUGUCCAAACGAUCCGAGACACUAUCAGAAGCUAAUUCUUCUUCCGGAUGUCCUCAAUUCCUUCCAAUACGCAUUCAUCCUCCCAGCGUACGCUCUUUUCGCCGCUGUUCUGAUGCAACUGCUCCAAGUCUGCCUGAAUACUUACGAAAAGGUCGACAUUCCGAAGACAUCAAUGAGCAACAGCAGCAUAGUUAACGAGCCAAUCAAGCCGUCAAACGUUUUCCUCUCGUUUUACAUCAUUACACUUUUCUUCGCCGCAACCAGCUAUCAAGUGACGUUUUCGUUUCUCCACCCUUUUACGAGAUGCGACCACUUUUUACAGGUUUCUUCUGAAGAAAGUGCAACGAAUGUGAUUUGGUACUGGCUAGCCAAUAUGCUCGGCCGCUUCUUUGUCAUGUACCUUUUGCAGAAAAAUUACAACGUGAGGACUAUAUUCACAUGCGUUUCUUCCCUGCUUGUUGUUAUUCAACUCUUUCUGGAAUUCGCCCCUCUGUCCGCCUACGUCUUCAUGGCACUAGAAGACGUUUGCGGCUUCCUACUCUCUGGCGUGAUCCCACUCUGCAUCGUCUACGCCUCCUCGAUCUUCGACCUAUGCGAUGGUUACAUGUGGACAAUCUACGUUGGCUGCAACUUGCUCUGCAUGUUCAACCCUGUUGGCAUCGGCUUUUGGAUGACGAUCGACACGCGCGGUUUCGUCCAUGCUUUGUUGAUUUCCUGUUGCUCGUUGUUUGUGUUCCAGCAGUUGAUGUUCUGCUCUGCCAAGACUGUGAAGACGCCUCAUGCUCAAAGUUCAAGUUCAAGCAUGAGCCUCAAAGCCGCCUCUUCUGCUCUUUCCAUCAAAAUAUAA